GCAACAUUAGCGUCCGGCGCCGGGUCCGCGCCGGGCCCGGCCAUAUGCCGAUAUUUCAGUUCGGAGAGUCCCGCCCAUCACCGACACAGUGGCUGGUUCCACAACAUGUGUUGUGUCGAGAGGACGGCCAAGUUCCAACAAUAAUGGACCUUGUUUCUACGGGCUGAAGAUUAGAACGGUACACCGGCCAGUGAGGCAUCAUUUGAACUGCAGACGGGAGUUCUCCUAAUUCCACUCGUCUCCUUCUUAAAGCCCCCUUAUUCCUCUAAUAAGGGUCCAUACUUCAUGGAUACACGCCUCUGCCAUAUUUCUCUCCUGCUGGCACGCUUUAACGCACUCUUCCCCCCCCACCUCGCCCCCCACUACAACCUCAACCUUCCAGCCAACAACCCACGAUGCUCAGCAUCAACCCAAAGACGAUAUGGGGCCUGACAUUGGGUAUCAUCAUCAGCAUAGCGGCCAGCAUCCUGAUCGCAGCCCCCGAAUCCUCACUCCGCGCUCUCUCCCCCUUACUACACAACCACACUCCCCUAUCUGCCCCUCACCACGGCGACGACAUCAGGAACACCUUGCGCCCGCUCCUCUCCCCAUCAGCCCUGAUUCUCCUCCCACACGAUGACACGGCCAUUUUAUUCCACCAUCUCCUCGCCCACCGCUGGUCCACCAACCCACUCAACACCCCGCACCCAUCCGCAAUCGUCAUCCCCGCCACGGAAUCCGACAUCUCCCAAACCGUCCGCUACGCCAACGCCCACAACCUCCCCUUCCUCGCCACCACAGGCGGCCACGGCACGGGCCGCUGGCUGGCGCGCAUGCAGGGCGGCGGCGGCGGCGUGCUCAUCCACAUGCGCAACCUCACCAGCUUCCACCUCCACCACCCCGAGAGCGGCACAGCCACCCUCGGCGGCGGGCUGUUGUCUUCCGAAGUGAUCGACAAGUUGUGGGCGGCGGGGAAGCAGACCACAACUGGGCUGUGCGGGUGCGUGUCUGUGGUUGGGCCCGCGCUGGGUGGGGGCCAUGGCUUGCUCCAGGGGCAGUAUGGCCUCGUGGCGGAUCAGAUUGUUAGUGUGAGGUUGGUGCUGGGGAGCGGGGAGGUGGUGCAGGUGUCGGGGACGGAGAGGGCGGAUCUGUUUUGGGCUUUGCGCGGGGCCGGGCAUAACUUUGGGGUUGUGAGCGAGUUGACCGUGAGGGUGCAUGAUGUGGAAGAGGAGAGGAGGGAGUGGGCGUAUGAGGUGUUUACCUUUACGGGGGGGAGGCUGGAGGAGUUGUAUACCGUGGUGGGAAGGGUCAUGCAGGAUCAGCCGGCGAAUGUGGUGCUUUGGUCUGUCUGGGCAAGGAAUGAGAAAAUCGAUCCCGAUAUGCCCGUGCUCAUAUUCACGGUAUUUUGGAACGGGCCUGUGGAGAAGCGCGGGGGAUACACCGACCCGUUCCAUGCCCUCGGUCCGGCGAGCUACUCAUCCGGAGUGACCGACUACCCUGGAGUAAUGGUCGCCUUGGGAACUGACAUAAACAACCCGAUAUGCCAGCCCCAGGGCACCGCCUUUCUCCGAGGCGCUGUCGUGGACGCGUACGAAGUCCGAGCCCUGCGUGAAUGGUACACCCUUUUUAGUGAGAUGUUGGUGAGCGAGGAAGGGUUUGCUCACUCGUUCUGCAUGCUCGAGGGUUAUUCCGUGCAAGCAGUUCAGGCAGUCCCUUCCGAGAGCACAGCCUUCCCUGACCGCAGACAGAGACUCUUGCUAUCGCCGGUCGCCACCUAUGAGGCUGUUGGCAACACGACGCUGGAUGAAGCAGCCAAGAAUUGGAGCAAAGCAAUGGAAGCCGCUGCAUUGGGUAGCCAGGAUGACCGCAUUUAUGUCAACUAUGCAUACGGCGACGAGAGCCUGCAAGCCAUGUACGGGUACGAGCCCUGGAGACUCGAACGGCUGCGGAUGCUUAAAGGGAAGUAUGAUCCGGAAAACCGCUUUAGAUUCUUUGCCCCGCUUGUUUGAGACAGAGAAUUGCCGCGUCGGAUGUUACACCUUCUGAGUUGGAUAUUUGUGCUGGAUUUGGCCAAGGGCUUUGGGUUUUGGCUUGGGUGAACUUGCACUCUAGUCUCUUUUUGAUGCACACUACUGCGGUUUCUUAUGGGUAUCGUAGAUAGAGAGCCAGAGCCCUUUUUUCGGCUGCUGCCUUGUUGAUGGCAAAUUAUAUGUACCUCUGGGCUUUCUUGGCUUGUCGCCGAUUUGGUGUCUAGAGUUUGACCAGAACAUGAAAGCAGCCAGCUCAUGGACAACCGCAGCUCAAGCCUCACCGUGCCAGUCUGGUGCGUGUGCGCCAAGCCGAAAUACAGG